AGAGUGAGGUUUGGCUGCCACCAAAGUUACUUCCAGUCCCUGCUGUCCCUCCUGCCUUCAGUCUGGACCUGCCUGGGGACCCUGGCAUUCAGCCUCACCAUGCAGAGGUCCCAGGAGGCCCCAGCCAAUUGCUCUCAGCUCCUCAACUAUCUGCCUACCUCCAGUGGCUUAUGGGGCACCGUCCUGCCCAGUUCUGCUAAGAUGCUCCUGGCCUCUCCCUCCACCCCAUCCAGGGGACGGACCCCCAGCGCUGUGGAGAGGCUGGAGGCCGACAAAGCCAAGUAUGUCAAGACGCACCAAGUGAUAGCGCGACGCCAGGAGCCAGCUCUGCGUGGGGGUCCCGGGCCGCUCACCCCGCACCCCUGCAACGAGCUGGGGCCCCCUCCGUCGCCCAGGACGCCCAGACCUGCCCGCCGGGGCAGUGGCAGGCGGCUGCCAAGGCCUGAUUCCCUCAUAUUCUACCGCCAGAAGCGCGAAUGCAAGGCUUCAGUGAACAAAGAGAACGCCAAGGGCCAGGGGCUCGUGCGUCGCCUCUUCCUGGGCGCCCCCCGAGACGUUGCUUCAAGCAGCCCAGGCUCAACGGAGCGACCCGCGGCUCCUGGGGGUUGGGCCGCGCCCCAAGAUGCCCCAGACGCAGCGGGAAAGCGGGCAUUGUGCCCCACGUGCUCGCUGCCCCUGUCGGAGAAGGAGCGCUUCUUCAACUACUGCGGUCUGGAGCGCGCGCUGGUGGAGGUGCUGGGCGCCGAGCGCUUCUCUCCGCAGAGCUGGGGCGCCGACGCCAGCCCCCAGCCCGGAACGUCGCCGCCGCCCGGCUCUGGGGACGCCAGCGACUGGACGUCCAGCGACGGCGGCGCAGAACGCCGGGACCGUGCGGAGUGCGGUGGCUCGGAAGCGGCGGGCUCGGCGCGGGACGGGCGCCCCCAGGUGUCGGUGGUGGAGCGCAACGCGCGCGUCAUCCAGUGGCUGUACGGCUGCCAGCGCGCCCGCGGCCCGCCGCGCGAGUCCGAGGUGUGACCGCCGCCGCUCGUGAGCAGGCUCUGGUGGAGUCCGGGGUCCGGGGAAGGGCAAGGGGUGAGCGCGGGGCUGGACCCAGGCACGGGCGGGGACACCCUGCCUCUCACGCGCCGGGUGCUUUUGGGCAAACCCUUCCCUUUGGAUCUCGGUUUCCCCUCGUGAACCUUGGGAGGAUGGGACAAAAAGAUCCCGAAGGCCCUUCCCAGCGCAGGCGGCGGACGGGGAGGGGGCGGCCUCGUGGCCCCUGUGGAGGCCGGGAGGCUAGUGAAGACUGGGCGAGUGAAGACUCGGGUGGGAGAUCAGAGAACCUGCUGAAUAAAGUCAAAAAGUUAUUUAAAGGAGUCGAGAGGCUGGAUUACAGAGCAGACGCGCGAGGGUUUUGGAGUGUGGGUUCCAGGCAGACUGUGCCUCUCGGGACCGCAGACACACCCCUCGGUGAUCAAAGUAUAUUUGAAAUGGUCACAAAGCGCUUGGCAAAGUUCCUGGCAUAUAGGAAGUGCUCAAUAAACGAAGCCGCUAUGACCACCACCGAAUUAGCA